ACUGAAUUGCCCUCGUACUUCAUUGAAUCAAAUUUGAAUUCCAUUUUCAUCCAGAAAUCUUUCAAGAGAGAGGAGAAUGGUGAAAGAUCUGAGCAACGAUCAAGUGUCCUCCAUGAAGGAGGCCUUUACCCUCUUCGACACCGACGGCGACGGUAAAAUCGCCCCAUCGGAACUAGGUAUCCUUAUGCGUUCACUGGGCGGUAACCCGACCCAAGCCCAACUCAAGUCCAUAAUCGCCGAGGAAAAGCUCAAUUCGCCCUUCGAUUUCAACCGAUUCCUCGAACUCAUGUCCAAACAUCUGAAGCCGGAGCCAUUUGAUCGGCAGCUCCGUGACGCUUUUAAAGUCCUCGAUAAAGACGGUACCGGUUGCGUCGUUGUUUCGGAUCUAAAGCAUAUCCUUACUAGUAUUGGGGAAAAGCUGGAAGCUGCGGAGUUUGAUGAGUGGAUCCGAGAAGUUGAUGUUGGAUCCGAUGGUAAGAUCCGUUACGAGGAUUUUAUUGCCCGAAUGUGCGCCAAGUGAGUUCCCCUGCCUGUGAUUUUCAAUUUUUUGCUGUAUUAUUCGUUGCAUGAAGCAAGAACCUGACUUUACCUUUUUGUAACUUAGUCUUCUAUUCGGCAAGUUCACUUGCUACUUGAUUUCACAGAUUCUAUUAGUUUGCUGUGAUUGAAGAAUUUGCGAUUCAGAUUAUGAUGAAAUCCAGCAUGUGGCAUUUAGCAUUCUGAUAUGCAUAGUCAUCUAAAACCUAGAAGUACUUGAGGCAUACAGUUGCUUUGUAUAGUUAAAUGUCUUGAAAUUUUAACUCAUCAUGUGCGCUUUUCCAUUGCCGUUUGUGCUGGGAAACUUAUCUGCAUGUUAAGUUAUUGUUUCAUUUC